AUGACGGAUAAGAAGAACGAGGACUAUGUAGUGCGCAUGGGCGACGACUACGGAAAGAAGGAGAAGGAUGCCUUCCUGGCUCGGUCCCCGACCCGUUCCGGCUACGGCUCGAAUAUGCAUGGGAGCAGUCUGGAGCAGCUCGAGAAGAGCCCGCCCUUGUCCAUCGUAGCGUACUGCUUCUCUUCGAUCAGUAUGACCGUGGUCAACAAGUAUGUCGUUUCGGGUAGCUUCUGGAACCUCAACUUUUUCUACUUGACCGUUCAGGCCAUUGUGUGCAUUGCUACCAUUACUCUGUGCAAGCAGCUGGGUCUGAUCAAGGUCCUGGCUCCCUUUGAUCCUGACAGGGCAAAGAAGUGGUUCCCCAUUUCGCUCCUCCUAGUUGGAAUGAUUUACACCAGCACCAAGUCGCUUCAAUUUCUUUCGGUUCCCGUUUACACAAUCUUCAAGAACUUGACCAUUAUCGUCAUUGCCUAUGGCGAGGUGCUUUGGUUCGGCGGCAGUGUGACCCCAAUGGCCCUGCUCUCUUUUGGUCUCAUGGUUCUGAGCUCCGUCGUGGCCGCUUGGGCUGAUAUCCAGAGCGCCAUCGCCGGCGACUUUGGCACUGGCGACUCGGCUACUGCCAUGUCCACCCUUAACGCCGGAUACGCUUGGAUGGGCAUGAACGUCUUUUGCAGCGCUGCUUAUGUGCUCGGCAUGCGCAAGGUUAUCAAGAAGAUGAACUUUAAGGAUUGGGAUACCAUGUACUACAACAACCUUCUCACGAUCCCCGUUCUUGUGGUGUGCUCGUUGAUCAGCGAGGAUUGGUCCGCCUUUAACUUUGCUCGCAACUUCCCCGAGGAGACUCGCAACAAGAUCAUUAUCGGCAUGAUUUACUCCGGUCUCGCUGCUAUCUUUAUCUCUUACUGCUCAGCUUGGUGCAUCCGAGUUACGUCGUCGACUACAUACUCCAUGGUGGGCGCUCUCAACAAGCUACCCAUCGCCAUCAGCGGCCUCGUCUUCUUCUCAGCCCCCGUUACAGUGGGCAGCGUGUCUGCUAUCUUCAUCGGUUUCGUCAGUGGCAUCGUCUACGCCUGGGCUCGUGUGCGACAGUCGGUCUCAUCUCGAAACUCGCUACCUACAGUGCGGCCAACCAUGAGCGCCAGUGCUAAGAGCGCCCGCGAUGCCAAUUCUUAG